CUCUUCACCUCAUGACAUCAAGUAGCUUGUACCUGCACUCGCGAGGGGACGAGGAGUGGACGUGCAACAGACUCACAUCCAGCGAUGGAAGCGCAAGACUGACACAGUAUCAAAAGGGCCAAGAUGUAGAGAUCUUCGAUAUCAAGUGAUGGAACAGUGGAUAUUCUCGGUCGCCAAAUAAUGGGAAUUAGUCGAUGUCCUAUUGAAACUGGAGUUGUAUCAACUCCAUGGGGUGACGUGUCAAUGGGGCCCGUCAUUACAGGAAUAUCAUCAGGUCUAGAAGAGCAAAACGUGCUGGUCACAGAUCUAGUUACGGUCAAGUCGGAGUUUAGUAGCAACACAUUUGUAGUAAAUAAUAGAUACGCGUCUACGAUAGCAGGAGAUAUAGCUGAAGCUGCCAUUAGUCAAGGUACUUCUCUACACAGCUACACAGUAGGUGCGUCGGGAGGGUGGAACAGUACCAGCCCAAGGACCCAUUAUUUCGUUCCAAGAAACAAUGAUUUAGAACUAACAGACGCUGAAAUACGAGGUGGUCUCGACGGUUUGAUCUUGAGCGAGUUAGCUGCAGCUUACGUAGAAAAGUUUCCUGAGCUCAAACUGUCUCAACUACUCGAUAUGUACUACAGCAAUGGCGGCGUUCUUCACGAAACUAGGUUUCGAGCUUGCAACCGGAAGGUCCUUGUUCCGGACGUGGCGGCGAGGCAGACGCUGAUAGACCGGAGUCUCGGGCCAGCCAUCGCCUUGUACCACGUCUCCAGCCUCGCCGCCACAGUCAGCCUGGCGGGCAUACACAGCUUCAUCAACCAAACUGUUGAUGCAUUCCAUAGCUACAUCCCUCAAAACAUUAACGACCCAGUCUGUAAAUCUACAAAAGACGAAGUUGUACGACCGAAGAUAAACCUCAUCUUAAUAACAGAGCCCACGGUGGCUAGACGCCCACAUAUCUCGUAUAUUGUAGAUCAGAUAGAGGUUGGCAAAUUUGGCUCCAGCGUUACAUUGAUGCAUUCCGCUACUGGGGAAGUAUUGAUAGAGAAAACGUUCUCUCCCUCAUAUUUUUACCAGGAAUUUGCAAAGUUAAAUUUGGUUCAAAGCGGUCAGAUAUCUCUCGUAAAAGUUCUAGAAGCUGUGCAGCUACUAGCAAUAAGGAAUCUUGACGCUGAUCACUCACAACAUUACUGCGGCGGGAACGCUACAGUGGCUCUGAUACUUACGGACUUAAUCCCGCUAAGUUCGGAAGAGAGAAGUCAGGCCAUCAGCCUGGCUCAGAAUUUACAAAGUUGGGUUCCAGGUACGAAUUAAAAUAAAUGAUACCUAAAUACCUACAUCGCGUCUAAUUAAAUGUCCGUUUCUGGACCUCUAUGCAGAUGUCUCCAAAAAAUGGAAGAAGUAUGGGGGAGUUGCUGCUGCCAUGGAUUUAAUAAUCUAGAAGUGAAAAUGGCUGGACUCUUAAUGGUCACUUAAACAUGAGACUUUAAUCCCGAUGGUAAUAAUGUCGACUAAACUUUUUUUGCAGAUUUAAAAUUAGUUUUCGCCAUCAACUCAGCGAGUGAGGACAAUGUGGCUCCGAUGGUGGCAGAUCCUGGAGAUAUUAUCCCGGUACACCUGUCAGCCCCGGAUGCAAUCAGCGGAUUAUCUAUUGUCACUGAAUAUUUACGUGUAGUACCUCGAAGGAUCGUUAACCCACUAUGCAGCAAUCAAUGGCUCAAUGAGAACUCAGGAACUGUAGGCUUCGACGAGUUCGUAGAUGCCAAUGGAAUCAAUUUGUACCGAGUUGCAUCAAAUUAUUUUUAUGAAAACAAUCCUGCUCGCUUGGUGCGUAUACAGAGCACGGAUCUUGGCCCUGUCAGCGUGUGCUACUCCAGGUCAAACCCCUUCCCCAGACGUAACCGUACCACAGGGUCACCCCCCGGAGACGUGGUGUGUCAGUCAGCGGCGAACAGUGGGGAGGUGGAGAUAAGCCUACUCGGAGCUUGUGACGGAGCGUCCUCCAUCAGAGAAUGCCCACCAGUUUACAUUACCGUGUCUUCCACUACUAUACCAGUCGAGCCGCAAUGUAAAGAAACCGGAUGUCGUUAUCCAAACGAUGUGAAAUACACAGUGAUUGCUCAUGAACUUGGGUGCUUUAGCCGAGGUUCCCUAAGCUUCAUCAAUACUGUUUUGCCCUGGAUAGCAAUUCUCCUGGCGCUCACCACCUCAGUUUAGCUGUUAUAAAUAAAUCUAUAAGUAACUACUUAUA